UAUCCCGUUCUGCUCUGACAAAUACAAACGUGUUUCCUUCCUCUACAGGCCUUAUCUCAGGAAGUGUCAGGGAUGGUUCACACAGCGCUCUUGCUCGAUUCAUAGCAAGCUACUGGCAGGUCGUGGUCGAUUGCUUGUAUCAAGCAGAACAACUCUAUCCACGAAUAAUGGAAUUAUUUUGUUUUUCGGUUAGGCUUGCUUUUUUCAUUGCGUUGCUUUUUUCGAGCGAUGGUGUACAACGAAAAUGCAUUUGUAACAAUGAUGUGUGCAACGCUGCUUUUAAGUUUUCUUCCAAUUUCCAGACAUCUAACCAACUAUGCCAAAAUAUGGGAGGCCAACUGAUAACAGUGUCAUCGAAAGCUGUGAGUGAUCUUGUUAGUGACUUGCUCAUGGAUAUGCGCGGGGAUUUCUGGAUAGGUCUGCGUCAUCCCGAUUUAUGUAUGUCAAGUGAUGAUAUGCCUUUGAGAGGGUACAUCUGGACAUCUGGCUCGCAAACCAAGGAGUUUUCUAAUUGGAGAAGCGAAGAGGGGGAGUGCGGUCCAAAUUGUGUGUCUAUCUCUGCUGACCUAACAUGGAUUGAGAAACCAUGUAUUGUCCAAAGCGAUGGGUUAUUGUGUGAAAAUGUCCCAAAAGACGUAUGCUUUGACUUUUUAGAUUUCGAGGAACCAACAUUGAGUAUCUUUUACAAUGACACCGAUGGCUGUUCUUCACAACUGUGUGAACAUCAGUGCGUUGGGGAAGCAAAUGGAUUUAGGUGUUCGUGUUGGGGGAACUUUGAAAUCGAUAAGGAAGAUCAAACGCUAUGUAAACAAACGUGUAAGUCAGAAAGCUGCGCUGCAGAGUGCGCGGGCACAAGCUCCUGCACAUGCCCGAAAGGUUACAUAGUGCAAGACGACAUGGCAACCCAAAAAAAAUGUUUGGAUAUCAAUGAAUGUGAACAAUAUGGUUGUGAACAUGAUCACUAUUGUUUUAACACGCUCGGUGAUUACGAGUGUUCAUGCAGAGAUGGUUUCAGACUUGUGGGCAAGGAUAAAUGCGAGUUUGAUGAGAGUAGGCCUAUUGACUUGCCAGCUAAUAGUGACAUUCACACACCGUCGGUAAAUUACACUACGGGCCCUGCCUCUGCAGGAGCCCCAGGCAAGGUCGUUGGUAUCGUACUUUUCAUCUUGGCGGGCACUGUCGCAGUUAUGUUUUUUGUACGUUACUGGAAACAAAAAAUGGACGAGCCCAACAUCAGUUCAACAUCUGAUGGAGAUUGUAUGCAAAGCAGUUAUAGCUGAAGAGUCUUGUUAGCACCUUUGCGUAAGAGGUUCUACAACAGCUGUGUAACAACUCAUCUGACUACACAGGGUCAUGAGCUCAUUCUUAUAUUUUUCAUGUUUAUUUAAUUUCUCUUUUGUUGUUCUUUAUAUCUCAUUUUAUUCACUCCUCACGCCUUUGAUGUGUUGGUCCAUAUGUAUUUUCCAAAAGACUUGCAUUGCUGGAUUUCAGUGCAUUGGUGGAGAAUUAUUCUGUCAAAGAUCUUUUCAGGAUUUCUAUUGAGCACGGGUCUACUGUCUUAAAUAUUAUCCAUCAGUUUAGGUGAAUCAUCGUCAAAUACUGAAUAUACAGUAUUUAUGUUGUGUUUGUUAUAUUUUAUAUAUCCAACUAAGAAGGUAACCUUACCAGAGCAUUACUCUAAUGCCACAUUAGAGCGAUUAGUGUCCUCCUUGAACGUUGGUACAUUCAGGAAAGGCAGUGCCUUAAAUUUUAAAUGUCUGACUAUAUGCAAAAUAUGUUCAAUUGAAAACAGUGUGAGACGGAAAGUAGCCAAGUGUGUACAGUACAUGGCAUGGCCUUCAAAUCCUGGAUUGACACGUUUCAGAUUUUUUAAUGGUUAUUUUUCAGAGAAAUGUAUGUAUUUUGAUCUGUUUAAAACUUGUGAUUAGGUGACCAUGGCAGUUGCUCUACAUUGGUCAUGUAAUUAUAAUAUUUGCUUGGGAGUUACUGGUUUGCAGACGUGUUUUGUUGUUAUAAUUAUGAUACAUUGAGUAAAAUAUGAUGUAUGAAAAUGAACACUUUAACUGAAUAGUAAUGUAUUGAAGAAAUUUUGAUGAGCUAUUCCUCAGACUUAAGUCAGUACAGUAGGUCAAUAAAGUACAGUGCAGUGUAACCUGAUGUUGUGUUUACUGAAUGUCAAAUCAUACGUGCAGCCUU